CAACAAUUCCUUUCGACCCUCAAUCAGUAUUUUCUUCGUUCUACGUUAGCUUAUUUCUUCAAGUAUGGGACGGACGGAGAAGUCACAAGGUCUAGCACCGCCCGCGAUCCGCAAAGACAUCCGCGCAAAGCAAGCACGUCACGUUAUCAACAAAGUCGUGCCAUCCAUUCUCGCUUCGAACCCAAAGGCCAGAAGCGGUGCAGACAGUAGCGAGCUCAUUGCAGACCCCGGAUCAGUGUCGAGCAUCGACAUCGAGAAGACCAUCAAUGGUGGCGAAGGCGCCGCAUACGUCAAACGCAAAGGCCAGGGUCGACGAAAAGCAAAAGACGGACCGGAAGUGAACGACGAAAACACAGUGCCAUCGAAAGGCAAACCCAAGAAGAGCGGAAAGCGGCGCAACGACUCUCUGGACAAAGACUUAUCUGUCCUUACAAUCGACCCGAAGCCCCUAACGUCGCCACCCAAACCACGUACAGUCAAGGUCAUCACCACCGACAGUCUCACAGCCGCAAAAACACUCACUAUCAAUGCCAAGUCAGCCAAGAAGACUCCAAACGUAUGUAUCCUCAACAUGGCGUCGCCACUGCGACCCGGCGGCGGCGUCCUGUUGGGCGCCACAUCACAGGAGGAAUUCCUCUGUGCGCGCACAACCUUACUACCAUCCUUGAAAGAAUCUUUCUACCGCCUUCCUGAGCUGGGCGGCGUCUUUACUCACGAUGUUCUUGUUUUCCGCGGCUCUGAGCCGUUGGGUGACAGUACUGGAGAGCUGGGAAGUGCAGAGAGGUUCUACGUUGAUGUGAUCAGCGCCGGGAUGUUGAGGUUUCCGGACCUGGAGGGCGAGGAUGACGAGGUGAAGAGAUUGAGUAAGAAGGAUCGCGGGGUUGUGGAAGGGAAAAUGCGGGCUGUGCUUAGGAUUGCCGAGAACAAGGGGGUGAGAAAAUUGGUGCUUGGUGCGUGGGGGUGUGGCGCGUAUGGAAAUCCGAUUGUGGAUAUUGCGGAGGCUUGGGGGAGGGUGCUUGCUGGUAAAGAGAUAGACGCGAAGAAGGGGCCAAAGGCGGUUGAGAGCUGGCCGGGGCUAGAGGAGGUCGUUUUUGCUAUUAUGAAUGUUAGGAUGGCGAGGGAGUUUGCUGAAGCAUUUGGUAAUGUUGAGGUCGAUAGUGGACCGAGAGGAUUCGAUGAAGAUGACGAGGGAGAAGAUGACGAGGAUAAGGUUAUGCAGGAGCUGCAGGCGAAGAUUGAAGAGAUGGAGAAACAGAUCAGCCAAGUGUGGAAUCCGGAUCUGAAGGCUAGAUUGGGAUCUGUGCUUGAAGGGUUGAAGGCGCAGCUCAAGGAUGGGCAAGGAGAGAGUACUGGCAGCGAUGAGGACGGUAUCGAGGUCGGUGAUGACAUAGAUAUAUCAGGAGAUCAAGAGGAGCUGGUCGAGAGCGAUCAGGAAAACUCCGAUGCUGAUGCAGAGGAGCCGGGCUCGGGCUCUAAUGAUGUAGACAAUGGUGUUACAGUCAAGUCGUAGCUCAUGAUAACAGCCUGCGGGGAAAGCAUAUGCGCAAUCAAAGACCUUACAUUUAUACACCGC